GCCGCCGCGGCGCAGACGGCGCCCAUCCUGCGCGCGGGGCUGCCGCUCGGUUCGCGGCGGGCCAUGGGUUCGCAGUGGGUUCUCGCAUUGGCGUCUGCGUUGCUUGCAGCGCGCGCUGCAGCGGUGAUCGCGACGCGAGAAGCGGCGCGGGCCGAAGAUGCGUUUCAGAAAUCAUGCGGCGGGGCUUGCGCGCAGGCGUUCGAAGCACUGGCGGGCGCCAGCCCGGCCGUCGCGCCGACUGCAGUAGACGUCAAUGACGCGCUGGUUGCUUUGGCCACGCAGUCGCUUCUCCAGGCGCGGCGCGCCACUCAGCAUGCAGGGCUGAAGUUGGCAGCGAGCCGCCGCGCGUCUGGCUCGAGCCCGUCGCCUGGAAGCGAUACGGCGUGCGCCACCCCGGCCAGGUGUCGCCUGAAAGAAGCAAUGGCGAACAGGUGCAAUUAUGGUCGCGAGGCUUUGCAGGCGACUUACGAGGGCGUGAACGCAGCGGCGCACGUGAUGGGGUCAUUAAUCAGUUCAUUGUGCGGAUGCAUUUUCGUCAGAGG